AUGAUUGUCCCAAGCUCCCUCGUCCCCGACCUCUCCUUUACCACACUCGAGUCCGGCCGCUACCACCUCCUCCACCGUCUCGGCGCCGGCUCCUUUGGCGUCGUCUAUGCUGCAGUCGAGUACCUCUCGGAGUCCUCCCCCGCGGUUCCUCGGGCUAUCAAAAUCAUUCCCGCUAUGGGCGGUGUCAAGGCCAAGGCGUUGCAACAGCGCGAAAUCGACAUGCACACUAUCGUCUCCGACAACGAGCACGUCGUCACCCUCCACCGCGAGUUCACCGACGGCCAACAUGUCUACCUUGUCAUGGACUACUUCGAAGGCGGCAGCCUUUACGACUUCAUGCGUCGACGCAACUGGACGCCCAUUGCGGGCAGCGACGCCGUGCUCAAGCGCAUGUUCCUCCAGAUCCUCGACGGCGUUGCCGAGUGCCACGCGAAGGGGGUCUCGCACUGCGAUCUAAAGCUCAACAACAUCCUCGUCAGCGAGGACAUGUCCGAAGUCCGCCUCGCCGACUUCGGACUCGCCACCAGCGAGCUUUUCAGCUCCGACUUCGGUGCCUCAACUCCCCAGUUCAUGUGUCCUGGUGGUGGUGGUGUCUUCAUUCGCCCCUACAACACCCAGCGGAACGACAUCUGGGCGCUCGGCGUCAUCCUCCUCAACCUCGCGGUCGGCCGGCUCCUCUGGCAGGAAGCCUCCACCGACGACGUCUACUACCGCGCCUUCUGCGAGUACCCCGAAUACCUCCGCGCGGCUCUGCCCAUCUCCGCCCCACUCGACGCCCUCCUCCAGAGCGUGCUCACGCCCAACCCCUCGGACACGCUCUCGCUCGCCCAGUUCCGCGCCAAGCUCCUCGCCGUCGAUUCCUUCUGGAUGACCCCCGACGAGCUCGAGGCCGCCUACCCCAGCGCGCGCAACAUCUGGGCCCGGUACCGCCACAACCUCGACUCCCUCGACUCCCUCGACUCCAGCUCCGACUACGAGUCCGAGUCCGAGUCCGACGGCGAGAUCGACACCGACUCGGACAUGUCCGACAGCGACGACAGCGCUGCGAGCAGCCCGCUCUUCAGCCCGGUCGAGCCCGCCGCCGUGCCCGAGGACGCCAAGGUCGCCGACUGCUGGGAGGAGCAGUACGGCGCGGCCGUGCGCGCCGCCAACUACGGCCCCGCGGCCACAUACGACCUCUCCGCGGCGACGAACGCGUCCGCGACGGGCAACGCGGAUGUGUUCUCCUCCAUGGACUCGGAAGACACCGCGACGGACAGCGAGGGGCCCGCGACGCGCGACUUCGUCACGUCCUCGCCUGUGCUCGAGGAGGGCGACGGCAAGCUGCGCCGGAGCUACGCGAGGAGCUGGGAUCUGCAGGAGUUCAUGUGA